UAUAGCAUAUAUAGUGGUGUUUAUCAGUUUUAUUUUGACAUAAACAUUGCAUGUAAUGCCUAGGAUACAAAAUUAUCGAAAAUCUCAAUAAGCUGAUUUAUUUUGACAAUAUGCACUGUGUUAAACAAUUCAGGUAUUGAAAAAAGAUAAAACAGAUAAUGGCAUCGUAUAUAGCUGUUUUACGUAUUGAUGAGAAUUCAACAGGAUGGGCAUUAUCAUAUGGAGAUGCAAGUAACAAAGAUGUAAUUGAAAAAUCUGCUCCAAUGCCACUUCAACUGUUUUAUGAGCCUGGCGAUGACAAGAAAACGUAUAUAGGGCACACGGCUGUGCUAAAAUAUGAUAGCACUCAAACAGAACAAUAUUUCUUUAUGAAUAUUGUUCCUUUGCUGACGAAAACCUUAAAAAAGAAUGUGGACGAGAACGAAGUACUUAUCGAGGAUGUUACAGGAAAAAGCCUUCCAGCUGUAAAUGUCUUUACAAUGAUUAUUCAAUCAUUGAUUGAUGAAAUGAAACGUCAACUUUCACCUCGGUAUACAUUUGAUGUCAAAAAAGAUCUUUACUAUGUCAUAGUUGUUCCAGCAUUUUUGCAAGAAAGCCGGGAAGUGAAUCUCAUAACAAAGGCCGCGAUAAAGGCGGAAAUUGAAGAUAAAAUGGUAUCUGUUGUCACGGACAUAGUUGUAGUCUCAUUUUUUUGUCAGUUUGCUUCCUCUCAUGGUUUUUCAGAUGAAGAUAAAUACCUUUUUGUUAGACUAGGUGAUACAAUGGAAAUUAUGAAGCACGGUUGCAAACAAAAGGACGGGUCAAAAAGCGGCCCAACUGUCAGUAGCUUUCAAGAUGGUAUGAUACAAGUCAAAGAAGCUAUAGAAAACUUCAUGAUUAAAGUAUUCCGUAAAGACGUAUUCGAAAAGUUCAAGGCGAUUGAAUUUACUGAUUAUUUGGACAUGAAACAUUGUAUUGCAAUUAAGCUCAGAAAUGUUUCAAGUCAUACUGAAAAGGUGCAUCUCAGAAUACCCACUUCGCUAUUAGACAUGUACAAAAAUAUUACCAAACAAGAAUUUCAAGAUGAUUUAUGUAAAUUUCGAGAAUUAGCAAUGGUUCGUGAUAAAAUAAAAAUACCUGCAAGCCAAUUUAUAGACCCUCUUGAAAAGGCAAAAAUAUGCGUACUGUCACAUAUAAAAGCAGAACUAGAAAAUGAAAAUAUGAACAGUAUCCUGGUGUUUGGCGAGUUUGCCCAAACCAAAGUUAUACAGGAAGAAGUAAAUUUGUUGCAUCAAAAUACAAAAGAAAUAAGUGAUGCAGACAUUAUGUCAGGCGCUGUUAUUGUUGGCAAAAUUCGCACACCUGGACAACUUAUAAAAUUGGCCCCACGAACAAUAAUGGUGGCAUCCCUUGACAUUGGUACCGCGUAUUCAGGUUGUUCCUACUCGUACUUCGAAGAAUUCAAAACAAAUCGGACGAAAAUAUAUGCACGCAGCUGGAAUUCAGGUUCAAUACAGACAGCUAAAACUCCAACAUGCGUACUAGUAAAACCCGACGGCAAAACGGUGGAGGCUUUUGGCUAUGAAGCUGAAAACAGAUAUAGGGAAUUAAUAGAAGAUAAUAUGCAUACGUCUUACUAUUUCUUUCGUCAAUUCAAAAUGAUGUUAUACAGAAAACUAAGCGAGAAAAUCAACAGAAACCUUAUGCUGAAAGAUGAAAUGGGCCGAUCACUUCCUGCUAUUGAUGUAUUUGCGAUGAGUAUUCGAUUCCUAAAAGACGAUGUGCUAGAAAACUGCAACAAAGGACGUGCUGGUAUUAAGAUUGUUACACAGGACGUUCAAUGGGUGUUAACAGUGCCUGCGAUUUGGAAUGAUGGCGCAAAACAAUUCAUGCGGGAAUCAGCUUUGAAGGCAGGUAUAGAAGGCAGAAGAUUAACUAUAGCUUUAGAACCGGAGUCUGCGUCGAUAUACUGUCGCCAUCAAAAUAUAUCAGCAGGGAACAAAGAAACAGGAGACAAAGAUAUUUCUUGCUUUAAAGAAGGAACUAGAUACAUGGUCAUUGAUGCAGGAGGUGGAACAGUUGAUAUAACAAUUCAUGAAGUCUGUGAGAAUGGUAAAAUAAAAGAAGUACAUGCUGCCUGUGGGGGAGAUUGGGGUGGAACAUCUGUUGACAAGGAAUUUGAAGCUGUAAUUCUUGAAUUGGUAGGUACGCAGCUCUUUCAACGUUUCAAGAAUUGAAAACAUGGAAGAUAAC